CUCUUAUCUCACUGUCUCAUCUCAAGAUUAAUUAAUGGAUGACAAUCCCAGAAUUUCCAUCUUCUUCGUGGCACUCCUUUUCCUCUCUUUCUCUGCGGCCUCUUCUGAGGAUCAUGAGUUUAGCUACGACCCGGAUAGUGAGAAAGGGCCAGAUCACUGGGGAGACAUUCGACCUGAGUGGUACAAGUGCAAAAAUGGAACCAUGCAAUCUCCCAUUAAUCUCAACAUUCAUGAGUCUCAGUUAACAUCCAGUUUAGGCCCUCUUCAGCUCUACUAUCAUCCCUCCGAUGCCACUAUUUUCAGUACUGGCCAUGAUAUUAUGGUGGAGUGGGCUGGAGACGCAGGCUAUCUUCUCAUCAAUGGAACCAAAUACUUUCUCCAACAAUGUCACUGGCAUUCUCCUUCUGAGCACACUAUGAAUGGCAUAAGGUUUGAUUUAGAGGUACACUUGGUGCACGAAAGCAAAGCAGGACAAAUUGCUGUGAUUGGCGUAUUUUAUAGAAUCGGGUUUCCCAAUCCUUUCCUACUUAGGGUGAUGCAUGAGUUAACACGCAUUUCUCAAGACAGAGAGGCAAGAAUACCAUUGGGUAUGGUAGAUCCAGAGCUUGUGAUCAACAUAGACAGGAAUGUGUAUUACAGAUAUAUGGGUUCUUCAACAACAACUCCUUGUCAUGAGAAUGUGGUGUGGACCAUUGUUGGAAAGGUUAAACAAGUUUCGCUGGGGCAAAUUGAACUGCUUCGAGUUGCGGUUCGAGACGCAUUUUAUACCAAUGCAAGACCACUGCAACCACGAAAUAAUCGCUUGGUGCAAUUCCAAGUGCCAAAAAUUUUCUAGUAAUUAAUCCCACUAGUAAGAAAUAAAGUAUCGAGUUCUGCACGUUCAAAUUAAAUAAUGAUAUGUAAAAUAUUAAUGUUGCUGCUACUUUACUAUGGAUGUAAAAUAAAGGUGCUACAUUAGUAGCUCACUACACUUGAUUUAAAUCCCGUGGCAUGCUCGAGGAUUUAAAGCUAGCUGGCUUUCAUUCCUGUACGUUGUACGGAUGAACAGUAGUACAAUCUACACUAUUAGCCAUCUUAUUUAGAUAAUGAAACUGAAGCAAACAAAAAUUUGUCAUUUCAUUA